AUGCUUCGUCUGUUCGCUCUCUCCACUCUCUGCUGCGCCACCGUCCUGGCCACAAACCACAUUGUCUUUUGGUCCCAGAUUAGACCGUAUUCCGGGCCUACCGUGAUUAACACGUGGCCUUGGAAGGGGGCCAAUGAUGCUGCUUGGGGGGUCAUCAAAGCACCAACAGGCUCAGCGCUUGCGGCAGUGGUUGCUGGCUGCACCGCCGCCGAAGAAGAUAAAAACAUUGCCUCUGUGGGUGCAGGAGGUUCGCCAGAUGAAGAUGGCAAUACCACGCUUUCUGCAAUGGUGAUGGAUGGAGACUCAAUGAAUGUAGGCGCUGUGGCAGAAAUGGGUUACAUAAAGGAGGCUGCACAGGUUGCUUUGGGAGUGCUCAAUUCUACUCGUCACACCCUUUUGGUCGGUGAAGCAGCCACGCGGUUCGCCGAAUCCCUCGGCUACCAUCGAACUAACCUCUCCUCAAAUGAGUCUACUGAAGUCUGGAAACAGUGGAAAUUGAAGGACUGUCAACCAAACUUUCGAAUACCCUAUUCUUGGAUCCCAAAUCCUAGGAACAGCUGUGGACCCUACCAAUUUAAGAACAAAAGUUGGGCUGACCUGGAUGUGAAGCUAUAUUCAUACUGUCAGCUAAUCACGCUAGACAUUGAUGGCCAAGUUCUGCGGCUCACUUUUAUUUCACAAGCUUCCCUGAGGCGUAGGCAAGAGUUAGGAAUCGACAAAGCAAACCAUGAUACAAUCGGCGUCAUAGCGCUUGACAGACAUGGCAAAAUGGCAGUUGGCUUGUCUACCAAUGGAGCGCGCUUCCGCAUCCCUGGUCGCGUUGGUGAUAGUCCCAUUCCUGGAGCCGGUGGAUUUGCUGACAGCAGGAUUGGCGCAGCUGCAGGAACCGGUGAUGGGGAUAUAAUGAUGCGAUUCCUGCUCUCGUUUAAAGCUGUGGAACUUAUGAAAGCAGGAAAACAUCCCAACCAAGCGUGCUAUAUUAGCCUACGAUCUGUUCGCCAGAGAGGAACUUGGUAUGGCGCUUUAAUUGCCCUGAGAGCUGAUGGUCAGUAUGGCGCCGCGUGUGUCGGAUUUAAGGAUUUCGCCUUCAUCGUUCAAAACCACAAUUCUCUACGCGGUGGAAAGGUGAUCAAAGUCAAGUGUAUACCUCCACAUGACCUUCACGACUGA